GCGAGCAGGCAAUUUGCAAGGAAUUUCUGGCGAUGCCGAUUAAGCAAAGGACGGUAGAGGUCCGCUAUCGUAAGCUUUGCGUCAAUUGUCUGCAAUCUCCGGCGCAUUCAUUGAAUAAAUGCCCAUCAAGAGAUUGCAAAAUCUGUAACGCCAGGCACAACAUAUUGCUAUACACGAGCGCCAGCUCAUUAGAGGAUCCCGACAAUACAAAGGAAUCGAAGGUAGAAGAUUCCACGACAACUGUGAUCACGCACUCGUUGACCAACCAUGGCAAAAAUCACAUCAUGCUUUCCAUGGCUGUGGUCAACGCUGUUGCCUAUGAUGGCACAUCACGUCCGUGUCGAGUCUUACUAGAUUCUGGUUCCCAGGCGAAUUUUAUCUCAAGGGAAUUCAUGGGGACUCUUGGUUUACAACGUUUUCUAAACGUGUCGAUAACCGAUAUCAAUAAUAUUACAUCGAAUGCUACGCAGUCAAAGUAACGCUAUAAUCACGAUUAAAUUCUUAUUGUCAAUAGACUGUAUAUUAACAGAUCAGAUAACCGAGAAACUUCCGACAUCCACAUCAAGACGAAGAGACUACAAUAUUUCUCGAAAUCUCAAUUUGACAGAUCCUCGAUUUAAUGUUUCCUCCAACAUUGACUGCCAACAUAAACGAGAAUCUACUCGUCUGUUGGCAACGCAUAGAGGUAACAUUAAGGUAACAUUUUUGAUGGCGAUGGAGCUCAGAAUAUGUUCACAUCCUGUAAAUGAAAGUUUCACGUUCCAAAUGAAAGUUUAGUAAAGGGGAGCAACUCAAAAUCGGUCAAGUUGUGCUUGUGAAACAACAGGCUUAUGCCCUCUUCAUUGACUAUUAGAGUGUGUGUAGGAUGUUCACGCCGGCAUCGACGGCAUUGUAAGAACAGCCGAGAUAAGGACGGUGAAGGACAUCCUCACAAGAUUACUAACUAGGCUAUCAAUAUUAUCCAUCGAAAUUCAAACCAACGGAGAUUAGUCAUUAACGCGCGUUCGUUUGACA